UAGGGCUCCCAUAUUAUUGUGUCUUAAUAAUAUAGACAGCCCGUUCACAAUAACAAAAGAGUUUGAGUCUGACAUUCCACCUGAGACCCCCCGCCUUUUCUGGACGGUAAGCUGUCUCUGAUAUUCGUGGAAAAAUGAGUCCUACCGACGCAAAACGAGGAGCAAAGCGAAGGAAGAACAAGCGGGGCGGUGGCAGCGGCAGUGGCUGUAGCAGUUCCGGCGGGAAGGCCGGAGCUCGAGCCGGGGCACGAGCCACGACAGCCACGGCAACUCCCGCCUCUGUCAUGAGCUUUUUGACACCUGGCAGUGCUGGAAACGGGGAUAAUGGGGCAAUCAGUAGUCUGAACGGAGAGGUUUCUAUGAAUGGCACGCCACAGUUUUCUGAAGGGCCAGUGAACUCUGACUUCUCUGGAGUCCUUCAGACCCCAUUCACAUUUGGGAUAAAUCAGAGGGCUCCGUACAACACAGGCGACCGUUGCCUUCUCUGCCGGAGCGAACGUAAGGACAGCGCCACACUAGAGGUGGGCGUGUCCAGUCAGAAUGGCACAGCCCAGUCACCCAAAGCCUCCUCUGCCCUUCAGUCACUGCCCUUAUGGGUGUGUUCGGACUGCAAACGAACCACAGAGAAGGAGAAGCACCACACCGCCCUGGAUUCAUCCCUCUUGAACCAGGACUUCUUGUUGCACAUGCCGGUGGGUAAUGGAGGUUUGGACCAGGAUCCAGCGGGAGGCGGAGGCAGGUUGACCGUCAGCGCUCCAUCACUGCCUGCGCCAGACCUCGGCACAAGCCUUCCGGCAGACACCAUCUGCAGCUGUGAGGCCUGCAACGAGAGGAGGGAGAUCUCGGCCGAGUCAGAGCGAGAGUCGCAGCAGUUACAGAACCACUGGUCCGAGGUUCGCUACCUGGUGAGGUGUAUCUACCGCCAAACGGGCACGCCGCUGGCCGACGAUCACGACCAGCCUCUCGACCGAGACAAGGAGAGCAUGAAAGAGCUGGUCGACAGGCUCUGCGAGAAGGAUCCAUACCAGCUGUACCAACGGCUGGAGCAGCAGGCACGCGAGUACGUGCUGGAGAUGAAAGUUCGGCUGCUGAAGCACCUGUCGACGGGGUCCAAGGCGGCUGUGGUGGGCGCCCAGGGUCCCCCUCAGGCCCAUCAGUUCAUCUCUUUGCUCCUGGAGGAGUACAACGCCCUCUGCCAGGCAGCACGCACCAUUAGCAGCUUCCUCAACACCUUGGAGAACGAGCACCUUCAGAAGUUCCAGGUGACGUGGGAGCUCCACAACAAGCACCUUUUCGAGAGCCUUGUGUUCUCUGAGCCCAUUCUGCACAACAGCCUACCUGCUCUGGUGGCCCAGCUCAGGCAGGGCACGGCGUCGCACGACUCGUACAGCGAGGACAUGUACAGGUCUCUGCUGAACAGCUACCAGCAGCUGGAGCAGGAGAUGAGCGCCGUGGCCGUGGAGUGGCUGGAGUGCGAGAAGAGGAUAGACGACUAUGUCGACGAGCAGCUGCUUUUCAAGGUCGAAGGACAAAACCUCACAAAUCAACGAACAGAACCGCAUAAAUCUUUAAUUAGUAAAAACAUGUCUUUAAGAACAAAGCAGCGUAUGCUGAAGGAAGACUGGGAGUUUAAGCAGAGGAAGUUUUUUGAGGAGCAGUUAACAAACAGUAAGAAGUCUAUCGCUGGAGACAGUAACUUCACAGACACGGUGAAACAGAUGCUGUCCUCUAGACUCAGCAUACCUGACUGCCCCAACUGCAAUUACCGAAGAAGAUGCACGUGUGACGACUGCAGCCUAUCCCAUAUCCUGACGUGCGGCAUUAUGGACGCCCCGGUGACCGAGGACCUGCACCUGAAACUGCCCCUACCCGCAGAGCCGCCCAGAGACUACCUAUCUGAGGUGCACCCUCCCAGCAUGUCCUCUGGGAGCUCGGGCUCCGGUUCCGGCUCCAGUUCCCCCAUCACCAUCCAGCAGCACCCUCGUCUCAUCCUCCCUCAAGACGGAGCUACCACUUUCGGUAGCGAUGACGAGGAGGUGCCGCCGCUUUCAGCCAUUUACCCUCUGAGUGGUUAUGAGGACGCCAGCGUGGUGGCCGCCAUGAACGGCAUCCACUCACAGAUCAACGGAGGAGGAGGGGAGAAUAUGGCCCUCAAAGACGAGUCUCCGCGGGCGAGCAGCAGCAGCAGCAGCACUAGCUCCUCUGAGGGAGAUGAGGAAGGGGAGGGGGAGACAGGUGGGGAGCCCCCAGGGUCGCAGAGGGAUCACUCCCAAGGAAAGAGCGACAGUCCCCCUCCCUCUUACUCCCACCCACAGGCAGAGCAGGUGCCACACCCUUGCGAGUGUCACGUGUGUAACCAGGGUAACGGUGACGCGUCUGUGCUCGGCUCUUCGGCUCUGCCACCCAGCAGGCUGCAUGCAGGCCACCAGUUCUUCAAUGACAAGAACGCAACCCACCCAGCUCUGCACCUCUACCCACAUAUCCACGGUCACCUACCGUUACACAACCUCUCCCAUCUGCCCAGACCCCUGCUGCACCCUAACCUCUACUCCAGCCCUCCUCUCACACACAACAAGACUCUUCCACCUGCCCCUACGUCGAACCACACAGGUGGGAAGUCCCAGGUGUUCAGCCCCACCCUGCCGGAUCACAUGUACCAGAACUGCUUCAGCGGCACCGGAGACUGGAACGGCUCCCUGCCGUGCCACUCGCUCAAGUUUGAGAACCUGUGGGACACGCACAUGAUGAAAAACUGGAACCCCACCGUGCUGCUUCAAGAACCACUGCCCGGCGACAUGCUGGGCCCCCCUCUCCCCGACGUCCCCCUCCUGUCCUCGGGCAUGGACUCGGCCGCUCCCAACCCUGCUCCGGACGGCAAGGAGAAGAAAAACGGAGCGAAGAAAAAGUGUCUCUUUAACUACCAAGAUGCCUUCAUGGAGCCCAGCGAAGUGGUGAUGGCCACGUCGUCCGCCACCUCCUCGGUCUCCAGCACCGCCACCACUGUCCAGUCAAGUAAUGAUCACAUCCACGUUUCAUCUAAAAGACCCGCCUCCUUAGGUGAAGUAUUUCAUAAUAUAGGCAAAGAGGACCACAGACAUCCUACCCCCAUCCCUCCUAGGAAUAGCCCUACAGGCGUGGCCACACUUCCCCCUCUGAAUGGCCCCAUGCAUCCCUCUGCCCCUAACACACAUCUUCCUAGUAUAGGCGCACCAACCUUCCCAAAGACUGUAACUCCAACGCCUGGCUUUAUGGACCCCCACCAGGCCCUGUGCCUGUCUUCUGGAGACCCCAGCACAGCCCCGGCAGAAGGCCUUGGCAGUGCUCCGCCUAGUGUAUGCAGUGAUCCAGACUGUGAGGGCCAUCGCUGCGACGGUAACAGCACUUACGACCAUCAGCCGUACGACGGAGAAGAAAGCCAGGACGAGGACAGCUGUUCCGAACACAGCUCCUCCACCUCCACCUCCACCAAUCAGAAGGAAGGAAAGUACUGUGACUGCUGCUACUGUGAAUUCUUUGGCCACGGAGGGCCCCCAGCUGCGCCCACCAGUAGAAACUAUGCAGAGAUGCGGGAGAAGCUUCGGCUGAGGUUGACUAAGCGGAAGGAGGAGCAGCCGAAGAAAGAGGAGCUGCUCCUGGAGCGAGACGGGGUGGAGGACCACCGUAAAGUGGAGGACCUGCUCCAGUUCAUCAACAGCGCGGACAGCAAGCCGGCCAGCAGCUCCAAGGCGGCCAAACGGGCCCGUCACAGACAGAAGAAGUUAGAGGAGAAGGCACGGCUGGAGGCAGAGGCGCGUGAGCGGGAGAGGGAGGAGCAGCAGCAACAGCAGCUGGAGGAAGAGAGGAGGCGUGAGGAGGAGGCACUCAAACAGCAGCUCCUCCACCUGCAAGAGAUGCAACAGCUCCGCGCCACCAAGAAAAAGAAGAAGGACAAAGCGCAGAGGGCCGAGACUGUCGCCCCGCCCGCCCCUCCCACCAACAACCCUCAACCCCUCAAGCAGACGGCACAGAACGUUCUGGAAAAGAACAUGCAGAACGGGAAAACCCAACUCCUCCACGGCAUCAUGCGCCUCAACCCCAAGGAACCACGUCUGGAACCUCAGCCCCCAGCCAACGGCAAGAACACCCCCCAGCAGAACCCAAAGACCCCUAAGGAGAAGCCUGUCGAAACCGCACUCCAAAACGGCACUUCCUCUCAUCCCGAACUCAACGCUAACACCAAGAUCAAAGCCAAACAGCCGCCCAACAGCAACAACAGAACCAACGGGGAGGCAACCAAGAGGCCGGCCGAACCACUGAAACCCGUUGAGAGCUUGACCAAAGUGGGAAACGGGUCGGGCCCACAGACUGACAGCAAGGCAAAGCCCAGGGUCCCUGAGGAGCCGGUCACGGAGAGUAAGAAAGAGGAGAGGAACAACGUGUUGGCGGGAAAGAAGCAGCAGAGCAACGGCAGAGAGGAGAGGACUUCUCCGGUGACGGAACAACCUCCUCCUCCUCCUCCUCUUACAGAGGCACCGCAGCAGAACGGCAAAGCCCCCACCACAGAGUCCCCUCAACCCAAAGGCAAGGCCAAGAAAAACAAGAAGAAGAAAGCGGACAAGUUGAACAACUCUAUAGAUGAUGUGUUCCUGCCCAAAGACAUUGAUUUGGACAGCGUGGACAUGGACGAGACUGAGAGGGAGGUAGAAUAUUUUAAAAGGUUCUGCUUGGACUCGGCUCGACAGACGAGACAGCGACUGUCCAUUAAUUGGUCCAACUUUAGCUUGAAGAAGACCACUUUUGCUGCCCACUAAAGGAGCUUUCCAUAAAGAGAACUGUGGCAGGAAUCAAAUCGGCAAUCCCCCCCCCACCCCCCCCCACCCCUCCUCUCCUGACCCCCCUCCGUCUCGCCAGCCUGACUGCUGCUCCCAGUGCUGCUAUGCUCCAGUCAACCGCUCCUCUGGCCUACAUUACCCAUGCUGCCUUGCCUCGUCUUUGUUGCUGUGUGGUUCCCACAAAGAACCCAAAUGGGCUUAUAUAUUUGCAGUACUUU